AUACAGUAUGAACUUCUUGCUCUGACCAGAAAAAAGUAAACUGAAAAAAGUGUUUUGACACCAGAAGGAUUCUUAUGGUCAUCCUGCUUCCGACUUUAGUUUAUCGUGAUAUAUUAACCAACCCAACGACACUUCCUUCAAAAAUUCAACUUUUUGGUUCCUUAAAACACCUCUCCCUUUGAACUUUUUUUUCCUUGAAUCCUUGGAUUAACACACCCAAGAAAACCCAAGAAAUUGAAAAUUGACACGAUCAACAUAUGUUUCCAUUCUAUUAGACAGCUCUGUCUUUUCUGUAAAUCAUUCAACUUUUUUGAUCAUUUAGUCACUCCAUUUCAUCUCAAUCUCUUCUAAAUUUGAGCAAUCGCCAUCUCCGUUGGCAUUUCUUCCACACCUUUUCUUGGGCGCCCCUUUGGGUCCCCAUUACCAUCUAGCCUUUUUAGGUGCCGACGCUCAGCUCAUUUUAGCUCAUCUCUGUGACGAUUCUCCUAAUUGUUGCAAGGGGUUUAGAAAUCUUUCUUGAAUUUUGAUGUUUUUUGAUCCAUUGAGUUGUGUGGUACAACUUAAAAUUGGUCUGUAUGUAGAUGAGUGACACUGUCUGUUGCAACGAUGACUUCCUGUUGCUUUGCAAUCCUGAAUUGCUGUAAAGGAAAUAGCAGCUCAGAGGAACCGGCAGAAGGGAUUGCUGUUAACAACAAUGUACGCAUCUUUUCUUAUAAUUCACUGAGGUCAGCCACUAGUAAUUUUCAUCCAUCAAGCAGAAUAGGUGCUGGAGGUUAUGGAGUUGUCUACAAAGGAGUUUUGAGGGAUGGUACCAAUGUUGCAGUAAAAUCACUGUCUGCAGAAUCUUCUCAGGGAACUCGUGAAUUUUUAACCGAGAUAAAUAUGAUAUCAGAUAUAAGACAUCAAAAUCUCGUUGAACUGAUCGGUUGUUGCGUCGAAGGCACGCAUCGAAUUUUGGUGUAUGAAUACCUGGAAAACAACAGCCUUGCGAAUACUUUGCUUGGUACAUUGAGUAAGCAUGUCGUUCUGGAUUGGCCAAUGAGAGCUAAGAUUUGUCUCGGUACAGCUUUGGGUCUUGCAUUUCUACACGAGGAAGCUGAACCGUCUGUUGUUCAUAGAGAUAUCAAGGCUAGCAAUAUACUUCUUGACAGAAACUUCGAUCCUAAAAUAGGAGACUUUGGGUUGGCUAAACUUUUCCCGGACAACGUUACUCAUGUUAGUACUCGAGUGGCCGGAACUGUUGGAUAUUUGGCUCCCGAGUAUGCACUCUUGGGACAGUUGACAAAGAAGGCAGAUGUAUACAGUUUUGGUGUGCUCAUGCUGGAAGUAAUUAGUGGAAGUAGCAGCACCAAAGCAGCAUUUGGAGAAGAGUUGUUGAUUCUCGUAGAAUGGACUUGGAAAUUAAAACAAGAAGGACGGCUCGUAGAACUCAUUGAUCCGGAACUGAUCAAUUAUCCAAAGGCCGAGGUGGUGCGUUUCAUCACGGUUGCACUCUUCUGUACCCAAGCAGCAGCAAAUCAAAGGCCAACCAUGAAGCAGGUCGUGGAAAUGCUUUCAAGAGAGGUACACCUUAACGAAAACCUGCUGACAGAGCCUGGAGUAUACAAAGGACACAAAACUAGGAAGUUAAAUGGUGGUGGUGGUGGUGCUGCUAUUUCUGGGGGAUCAUCCUCCUCCCAUGGAAUCAAAUAUAAAAAAGCUAUGAAGACUUCUCCAUCUUCAUCUCAAUUUAACAGCUCAAACAGUCUGACUCAAAUGCUUCCUAGGUGAUACUUAACCACUGCUCCUAUUCACCUUGUAGUAUUUAAUAUUUUAGGUCCCUCCUUAAGAUUGCCUUUGCUUUUGGUUUCUUAAAAACGUCUCAUUGGAGAUAAUAUUCCUUAUUUGUAAACCCAUAAUCUUUCUCUUAUUAGCUCAUGUGGUACUGCUUCUUUCAAUAAUCCUCAACAAUACCGUGAAUGAUUUGAUGAACGGAUUGAAGAUGAUCAAAAGGUUUGCAGGGUUGCUGCUGCACUAGCUUGGGAAUAACGGCCGUCUUUGUAUACAUAAAUUAUUUUCUGUUCGUCUAUUGAACUUCUUGAGCGGGUAGGAAAAACUUGUGCCUCCCGUUAGAGAAUAGAAUAUAUUUAUACUCACGUCUCCUGCUUUUCUGAGCUCAACAGGCGCAGAAACCAUGAAGGCUGAGGAGACUUAUUAAACACCAUGGAGAAUGGGGACGCAGUUUAGGUGCUUUUUGUUGUAUUGUCUAUUUAUUAAUUUGUUGUGUAAGGUUAUUGGUGGAUGCUAAUGCCACGUUUCUUUCUUCAAGAAAGGGGUAAAGUGGGGAGAGCAUAUUGCAACGUUUCCUUGGAUC